GAUUUUUUCUGUUAUCCUGUUACUUUUUAAACAAAAAACCCCAUACCAAUAAUUUACCCAAACACAAAUUAAAAAAAAAAUGAAUGAUAUAAUUAUUGAAUUAGAAGUUUGCAUGCACUUUUGUUGUGCAAAUGAAAAAAACUAUAUGCAAGCAUUGGAUAUGUUAAAAAAGACUUAUGGCAAUGGAUUUGCAAAUAAAACACAUACUUACGCUCGUGCAUUUUACUAUAAACAUUUACGAAAAAUGGGACCUCACGAGGCUUGCCAAUAUUACCCUCCUGAUAUUGGAAAAGCCGAUAUAGUCGAAAAAGUUAAACAACUUUUAAUCGAAAAUCGCCUUUCCUCAGAUUACGACAUUGCACGUGAAUGUCACAUAACUUCUUUUAGUGCUUCAAUGAUUUUAACCGACAUUCUGCGUGUUCGAGGUGUCGGCGUAUAUCAAUUCCUAAGAGAAUUGAAUUCUGAUCUAAAAGAUAGUCGCAAACAAUUCUCUUCAGAUAUGUUAGCUCGCUCUAAUUCUGAUCCCAAAUUCAUGGAACGCAUUAUAACAGGUGGUGAGACUUUUUUCUACGUGGUCAAUGAAUUCACGAGAAAACAAAACGAAAACCUUGAUGGUAGGAAACCAGUUGAGUGUUCUCCAGAUGGCAAAGUCUUGUUCAUUGCGUUCUUUAACAUUAACGGUUUGGUUCAUUACGAAGUCCUUCAAGCAGAACAGUUUUAUUAUAGCGGUUAUUAUUUGGAGGUAUUGAAGCGGUUGUCUGAGACAAUUCGCCAUAAACUGCCUGAUUUGUGGAAGAACAAAUCGUGGAUCUUACAUGACAAUAAUGCACCAUCGCAUAGAAUUAAAGAUGUGAUCGAAUUUAAGACCCUAAAUGGAAUACAAACAAUUGAUCAACCUCCUUUUUCACCAGAUUUAUCUCCGUAUCACUUUUUUUUUUAUCAUCAAUUUAAAAAUUUCUACCCUCGUGACUCGCCGGAAAAUAUUAAAAUUAGUAUUGAAAAGAAUUUACGGGACAUUCGGAGAACAGCUUUUCAAAAGUGUUUCGAUGAUUGGAAAAAACAUUGGAAUUUGUGUAUAAACUCAAAUGGAGAUUACACAGAUGUUAUAAAAUUUCCCCCCAAAUUUUAGGAUUUAUGUAAAUAAUCUGAAAGAACUAUAUAUUAAAUACCUACCUGGCCACUAAUGAAUUUGAAGACAAAUGAUUGGACAUCACGGCGAGGAUGCUUAUCUUUGUAUUUAUUGUUUUUUUUUUUUUAUAAUUUCAUUUUGAUCUCUUGGCUGUUGAAAUAGGUUUUUGUAUUGUUGCCUCAUUUUGAUCUAUUAAACGUUUCUUUAUUUAAAAUA